UGGUGGAGGGAGGCUGUCCUGGCCGGUCCUCCUGACUUCACCUCCUCCUCUCCUUCGGCCGUGUCCCCGUACCAACUGGUGGCCCUCGGGGCCGAGGUGGAGGGCCUCACAUCCGAGGUCGGGAGCAGGAGAGAAGAGGGACGAGAGGCUCGGCAUGCAGGCCAGACUGAGAAUAUCAGGAGGAGAAGCAGCCGAGAGGCCGUGCACCAAUCUGGCUUUCAACACGCUUUCCCUCCGAUAAGAAGGAAAAGGUUGGUCUUUGGAUCAGAGGCAUCAGGUAAGAGCCCUUGCCUGCAGUUGUUGGCAAACAAUAGCAGGAGAACCUUCCAGAAAGAAUAUAUCUGGCAGGCCGGGCUGAGGGGAGGCUCGGCCCUGGAGGCGGACGGAGGCAGCAUGCUGGUCCUGGAGGAGGGCUUCUACUUCGUGUACAGCCAGCUAGAUCCGAGUCGGGUCGACUACACGGACAGCACCUUCGCUAUGGGUCACCUGAUCCGCAGGAAGAGGAAUGUGGUGGGAGACGAGCGGUAUGUGGUCUCGUUCCGCUGCAUCCAGAACAUGAACCCCGUCCACCCGUACAACACCUGCUACACGGGAGGCGUCGUGAAGCUGGAGGUCGGGGCCCGCUUGGAGCCGCUGACCCCACGCUCCCCAGCCGACGUGUCCCUGUACGGAGACACCACCUACCCGGGCGCCGUCAAGCCGGCUUGAAAACGUGUCGCCUCGUUUGGGACUCCGCGGUGGCGG